AUGAAUGGACCAAGAGGCUCAAACGUAGUAUUUGUUGGAAAUAUACCUUAUGAACUUACCGAAGAGCAACUGACAGAGGUGUUUAAAGAAGUUGGACCAGUAGUUUCCUUUCGGGAUAACGGAAGACCACGAGGAUAUG